AUGGAUUUCCCUAAUUUUGUAGAGAUUAUCCAAGAACAAAUAGACUUAAGAUUGGCAUCUUCUGAUAAUCCUACAGCAGUAAUGGAAUUGGAUCUCGACGGGAAUAUACGGUAUUUAAGUCAGAACUGGGAAACCAUUGUGGGGACAAAGAUUAAAAAGAUUGUAAAUAAACCAAUUUCAAAUAUUAUUAUUGGUAAUGACGAUGACUCAAAAGUAUUCAAUAGCUCGAUAGAACUGAUGAUAAGAGAUGAUGGUAGCUAUAAAGUGAAAUUUGUUACAGCAACAGAUGAUAAAUAUUCCUCAACUUUUGCUGAAUCACAUUCAAGCGGAAAGAUAACACCACAUAAUUCGUUAGAAGAUGUAACUAAAGACAUACCCAUACAGGAUUUACAAUAUGAUCCUACGCCUAAUUAUAAUACCAACUCGGAGAGCGAUUCAUCCAGCAGUACCAGUUCAAAAUUAUCUAACAAUGGUAACGUAAUUGAGUUAGAAGCUCAAGGUAUAUUAAUUCACGAUUCGAAGACUAAAUUACCUACGCAUUCAAUAUGGACAAUCAAACCAUUUAUUCAUAUUGAUCUUGAUUUAACAUUACCUGACCAAUUGAUUAGUUUGUUGGGGUUUGGAUCAGAGAUAUUUGAAGGAUAUCUUGUAAGCCUAAAAGAGCUAGGAAUUAUUGACGAGGACUCUGUCCCUCAGCCAAAAACCAUUCUUUGUCGAAUUUGCGAACAGAAUGUACCAGCUUGGUUUAUUGAAAAACACAGCGAUCUUUGUAUUGUUGAACACAGGGUAAGUGAAGAUUUACAAGUGUGUCAUGAUGCUAUUUCAAACCAAAAAGACUUAAUCCUCAAGCUUUCUGAAAAUAUUUGGAUACAACAGUCUCAGAUAUCCCAAAAUGUGAAUAACUCAGCUUCUGUAUCACCUUCUUCAUCACCUCCGUCUUCGUCAUCAAGUUCAAUAAAUCUGAUGAACUCUUCAACUAGUAUGAUAUUAGACUACAAGGGUCUCCCAUUACCGAAGAUAAGUCCAAUGGAAUCCCCAAGAUUGUCGAAUCAAGUAUUGGUUAAAAAUGCCUCUGCUCUCCAAUCACUCCAGACCAAGAAAUUUCCAUUCGGAGUUUUUCAAAGAUUAGUCGAAUUCUGCGAUGAAGCUCUCCAAAUAAAUCCAGCCGAUACCAAUGAAGUUGGGAGUUUUCAAUUUAGUCCUAACUCUGAAAGAGCUAUUAAUUUUGUUCUCAAUUGGAAGGCAUAUGAGACGUCAGAUUUAUCUAUUCGAACACUUAUAGAAGAUACGCAAAUCCUCGUGAAUGAUAAAAUUGAUACGCUAUCAAGGUUAUUAUCAAUUUUACAAUAUUCUGAGAAGAUUAAGAAUGAAGUUGAUGAAUUAGUUUUGCAAACUGUGAGAGAAACAGUCGCAAAAAUAAAAGAACAAACAAUGAUGAAUGAACAAAACCACGAUUCUGUUUAUUCCUACGAUGACAAUGACUCUACUGCAAUAUUUUCGAAUGAGAAUGAUCAAAAACCUUCAGGAGAUGAAUUAGAGGUUCCCAAACUUUCUACAAACAAUUCUACCAAUCUUUCAAUUCAAUCUCCUCAACCGUCGCGAACAAGAAGUCCUCAGUCUAAGUUAUUCGCGGAACCAUACGUAAAAGAUGAAGUUAAGUCCAACCAAUCUAUAACACCCAGGGAUAUAUUACUCAGAGGUAGAACUUCGAGUGGGUUACUGACAAAUUCAUUAUCCACAUCAUCACUAUCUGCUAAUUCAAGAAGUCAUUCCAGAAAUCGUUCUAAAGAUAAUAACUUAGCUGAAUCAUUGCAUGACUUAGAUUUAAGUAAAAAGUCGUCGGAAGGAUUGUCAAACAACUCGUCAUAUUCUUCACCAAGGCGGCAUUUAUCACCUGUUCCAUAUAUUGAAAAGCAAAACUUAUCCUCAUUUCAAAGAAAUACCAACUCUAGAUUCGAAACUAACACUCCAUUAUCAUCUCCAUCAUUUGCUCAUACUGAGUUUCAACAUAGCGACAAAGGCGGUCAUAUAUAUGAAAAGAGGGCAGGUACAGGAGGUUGGCAUAAUCAUAAUAUUUCGUUGAACUUAAAUUUUAAUUCGAACAAGAAUUCAACGAACAAACCACCAUUAUCUCCUUUGUUGGUUUCUCUGACUCCAACAAGCAAACCAUCAACCGGUGAUAUUAGAGAUUAUGAGGUGCUAAAAGCUAUUAGUAAGGGUGCUUUUGGAUCGGUCUUUUUAGCUAAAAGAAAAUUGACAGGAGAUUAUGUAGCGAUUAAGUGUUUGAAAAAAAGAGAUAUGGUAGCCAAAAAUCAAAUCUUAAAUGUGAAAUCCGAAAGGGCUGUUAUGAUGAGACAGACCGAUUCACCUUAUGUUGCUCAAUUAUAUAGCAGCUUCCAGACCAGAGAUUAUCUUUAUUUGGUUAUGGAAUAUUUGAAUGGUGGUGACUGUGCAACACUACUAAAGGUAUUAGGUACUUUGGGAAAUGAGUGGGCUAAAAGAUACGUGGCUGAGGUAGUGGUGGGUGUUGAUGAUUUGCACAAAAGAGGUAUAAUUCAUAGAGAUUUAAAGCCGGAUAAUUUAGUCAUAGAUAGUAAGGGGCAUUUAAAAUUGACGGAUUUCGGUUUGUCCAGAAUGGGAGUUGUGGGGAGACAAACUAGAGCUCAAAGAAAGAGUAGUACAUCGGAACAAGCAAUCGAUUUAUUCCGAAAAAGCCUUAAUCAAGCAAAUCAAACUGCAUUUGCCAAUGUAUCAGGGUUAGGAUUAACAAGUGCUAAUGACUCGCCAUCGUCCGAGGCUAGCGUACAUAAAAGGAAUACAUCUGAUACUUUGUUCUCAUUAUCACCAAGUUUUGACCAUGCAAAAUUGACCCCUGCUUCAGCAGCUGGUUCACUGUUGAUUUCUCCUCUUGUACCAUUUAGUGACACGUUCGGACAACCUUUAAGUCAACAAUCUCAACCAAGUCCUCUUCAGAUGCCACAGCAAAAGCAAGGGAAUAAUAGGCAAAGUUUUGCUGGUAGUUUUAAAGGUGGUUCCGGAAGAACAGGAUCAGGCUCGUUAGAAUCACCGUUAUUAAAGCCAGUGCUAGCGAGAACAGCAUCAGAGUCCUCCUUUUCAAUUACUGAGGAUGAUUAUCCAACGCUUUCAUCUCACAAUCAAGAUGUUGUGAAUUCUUAUGCGUUGUUUGACCCUGAGAAUGAAGACUCUUCUGAAAUGAAAAAUUUUGUGGGAACUCCAGAUUACUUAGCACCAGAAACUAUUUCCGGUGAAACGCAAAGUGAAUCUUCCGAUUGGUGGUCUCUAGGAUGUAUAUUAUUUGAAUUUUUAUUUGGGUAUCCACCAUUUCAUGCUGAUACUCCAGAUAAAGUCUUCAAAAAUAUUUUGAAUUGUGAAAUAGACUGGCCACCAUUAUCAGAAGAAGAAGAACUAGAAAUAUGCCCAGCAACAGCAAAAGAUUUGAUUAAAAAACUAUUAACCUUGAAACCCGAAGAAAGAUUAGGAUACAAUGGAGCAGAUGAAAUAAAAAGACAUCCAUACUUUAGAGAAAUUAACUGGUUUACAUUAUUUGAGGAGGUUCCUUCAUUCAUUCCUACUCUGGAUGAUCCAGAAUCUACGGACUACUUUGAUAAUAGAGGUGCUGAUAUAUCACAUUUUCCCAAAGAAGAUUCGGACGAGGAAAGCAAAUUAAUGACUAAUGCGGCGUCCAUCAACACUACUGAAUUCGGUUCCCCUUCAUUAAAUUGCAAGACGAAUACUGAUGAUGUUUUGGAUUCAAAUAUUGGGGAUUUUGAAAAUGCUAGUGCUAGUGGAACUGGUAGCAAUACUAAUAGUAACAACAGCAAUAGCUAUGGUAAUGGAUCCAGUAAUAGUGUCACGGGGAAUGGAAAACGGGAAAGACGAGGUAGUAGAUUGGCUGACCCUAGUGAGUUUGGAUCAUUUCAUUUUAGAAACCUACAUGUGUUGGAAAAAGCCAAUAAGGAUGUAAUUAAUAGAUUGAAAAAUGAACAUCUAGAGCAUAGAAAUAGUUUUUCAUCUUCAUCAUCAGAGUCCACUACAAACUCUAGGUCAAGAGGAUUUUCAUUCAGUGGAACGAGUAAUAAUAACAGCCCGGGAAAUCCCUUUAAGAGGCCGGUUUCGCCUAUAAAUUAUCUAAACCAUAGAUCUUCCUCUCCUAAUAGAUUUGAGAAAGAAAGUCAAUCGUCUCCACAGUCUGCUAUUUACAAACAAGAAAGAGUGGGGUCUGCGGUAAGUACCUAUUCAUCUGGCGAUGAAUACCCAUUUGAUGUGGGUAAAGUAUCUCCAGGUUCAGAGAGUAUUAAAGGUCACAAUCACAGAUCAUCAGUGCACUCAUUAUCAAGACAAGUAUUCAAACCUCCUACAAAUGACUUUUCACCAUCCAGUUCUGAUAAUGAAGAUUCAAAAUCACUGGCACUAUUAAGAGUGAGGAAAAGACGGGAGAGUGUUCGCAGACAAGGCAGCAGUGAAGGCUCUUUUUCAAGACUCGGAAGUAAACAUAGUGAAGAACUAAUUCGUCCCAAAUUGCAUGAGCUUGACGUGCUAUACUGUGAACCAAUCCCAAUUGUACGUCACACCAUAUCCAAGUUGAUGGAUACAUUGGGAUGCAUAGUCGUAUCUGUAUCUGACGGUGACGAAUUAAUUCGUCGUGCUACAAGUCAGGUUAAAUUUGACUUAAUAUUUACUGCUUUGAAAUCAUCUAAGGUAGAAGCUCCAGAUGCAGUUAAGUUAAUUAAAUAUACCAGUGGUAUAAACUCUAAUACUCCAAUAAUCGCAAUCACUGGAUUCUCUAAGGAGGCCAUUCAAUCGGAAGCAUUCGACGAUGUUCUCGAAAAACCAAUUGACAUAGAUAGCCUUAAGAAUUGUUUAAGGAAGUUUUGUUAUAAUUCAACUGUACUUGAUGAUGAAGCUAUUGAAUCAGACACAGAGGGUGAUCUGAAGAAAUAA